UCAAUCGGAAGAAGAUACGAGCUUUUCCUCCCUCCCUGGCACGCGAGGUGUUCACCUUAAGUCCCUAAGAAUGUCGCCGUAGCCUAGUCCAUUCCAUCCGUGUGGUGUGACCCUCCAUUCCCCUCCGCAGACCUCGCCUACUAAACCCCUCCCUCCCUUCCUCCCUUCCUUCCCCAGCACGAGCUCGACUCGACUCGAUUUCAGCGGCACCAGGAAAGAACAGGCGAGGGUGCUUUUUUUUUCCUGCUAAAGUAUGGUUCUGAAGAAGCUGCUUCAGCUGUUUGGAGUAGGCAAGAAGAACAAGAAGGAUGACAAGAAGAAAGUCCAUUGGAUUGCAGGUGCUGCUCCACACUCUACUCUUAAUAUCUUUGCAAACAACAGUCAAUUGGAUCCCUCUUCAAGUGGGGCUGGUACGACACUAUCACUGCAAAAGCAUGAUCCUGAAUGUUCAAGUAACAUCUCCAUGAUAAAGGAAGCACAUGGAUCUGAGAAUGACGAUUACAAUUCAUUUAACCAAUUUGAUGUUGUUCAACAUUACUCAGACCACCACUAUGCAAAGACUUCACCGGGGAAGGCCACGAAAGAUUGGGCGAAAACAAUACAAAAUGAAUGGAAGCUUCUACAGAGAGAUCUACCAGAAUCUAUAUAUGUUCGAGUUUAUGAGGAUAGGAUUGAUCUACUUAGGGCUGCUAUUAUUGGGCCUGCUGGAACUCCAUAUCAUGAUGGUCUGUUCUUCUUUGAUGUUCACUUUCCUCCUGGAUAUCCUCAAUGUCCACCGAAAGUUCAUUACCGUUCAGGUGGACUUCGGAUAAAUCCAAAUCUGUACGAGAGUGGAAAAGUUUGCCAUAGCCUUCUGAACACUUGGCUGGGUUCUGGAUCUGAGAAAUGGGGAAAGUCAAAUUCCACCAUGCUGCAGGUGUUGGUCUCCAUCCAGGGCCUUGUGUUGAAUGAUAAACCCUACUUCAAUGAGCCAGCUCUCUUCAGCUCGAAAGAGAAGCAUUCCCUGGCAUAUAAUACCACUGCAUUUCUACUAUCCUGCAAGACAAUGUUGUAUUCACUUCAGAACCCCCCAAAGGUAAUCACAGAACCCUCAUUUCUUGCCAAGAAUUUUGAGACCAUUAUUGUGUGCCAUUUCCAUGAGCGGGAGCAGGCCAUCCUGGAGGCAUGCGGUGCAUAUGCAUCUGGCAUGAUCGUUGGAUCAUUGGUCAAAGAUGGCCGGACAUACGUCCGCAACAAGUGCUUUGCGCGUUUCAAGAAGUCCCUGGAUGCACAAACUGAACUUCUUAAGAAGGAGCUAGCCGCGAACAGGUUUCGUGCGCUGGAACUGAAGAGACAUUCUACAGAUGAGAUUGUGUCUACUAGCUAGGAUUCUCUUGUGUCAGAAGAUAUCUGGGGAUUGCAAAGUUCACGUAAUUAUAUUAGAAGCAAAUGUUUUGGCAGAUCAAACAGGUUAUUAAUACUCUCAAGAGCUGGUUGUAGUUUAGCACUUGCUAUUUUUUAUCUAUGUGAUGAACAAGAUUCGCAUCCUUUCUUUGUGGUUUUAUCAUGUUACCUUGUACCUGCACGAACAUGGCAAUAGAACCUGUGCCACUUUGAUGAGCAAUGAAACUUGGCUUU